UUUCAAGCAACGACUAUAUAGUGUUAGGUGAUGAACUUGUUUUAUAAUUUAAUUUCCAAUUCAUAUUCACGUUCACAUGGGAAAUUCCACAGAACUUUCACGGCCUUAUUCCCUUUGAACUUUUGUCAAACGCUUGCACACUCAAAACCCGCAAUUUUUUUUUUUUUUUUUUCAUUAUAUAAGAACAUGAACCUUAUUGUUCGUAAUAGUCACUUUCUUUCUAUAUCACUUCGAAAAUAUCCUUCAAUCAUAUCCAUUAAUUAGCAAUGGUCCAAGAUAAGAAGCUAGUGGACGAGGUGUCAUGUUGGCUUAGAAUCUACGAGGACGGUUCAGUAGACCGGACAUGGACCGGACCGCCGGAGGUCAAGUUCAUGGUUGAACCGGUUCCUCCACAUGAACAAUUUAUAGAUGGAGUUGCCACCCGUGAUGUGACUACCUACGAUGGUUCCGGCCACUGCAUGAGGAUCUACCUGCCGGAGAAAACCCCCGAUGACAACGGAAAGCUACCCAUACUCCUCCACUUCCACGGUGGUGGAUUUUGCAUAAGCGAACCGGACUGGUUCAUGUACUAUCAAUUUUACACCCGGCUCACGCGGUCAAACCGGACCAUAUGUGUCUCCCCUUUCCUCCGCCGUGCCCCUGAGCAGCGCCUCCCUGCCGCCAUUGACGACGGGUUCUCGGUGCUCGUGUGGCUUCAGUCCGUGGCAAGGGGUGACUCACAUGAACCGUGGCUCAAGGAACAUGGCGACUUCAACCGUGUUUUCCUCACAGGGGAUAGCUCAGGAGGGAACAUUGUACAUGAGGUGGCAGCAAGGGCCGGUUCAGUAGACCUGAGCCCUGUUCGUCUUGCAGGAGGAAUUCCGGUUCAUCCAGGUUUUAUCCGGUCGGACCGGAGCCGGUCUGAGAUGGAAAUGCCAGAGUCACCUUUUUUAACAUUGGACAUGGUGGAUAAGUUCUUAAGCUUGGCACUACCACUUGGGUGCACCAAGGACCACCCCAUCACGUGCCCUAUGGGCAUGGCAGCACCGCCACUUGACGGGCUGAAGCUGCCGCCGUUUCUUCUAUGUUUGGCGGAAAUGGACUUGGUGAAAGACACACAGAUGGAAUAUUAUGAAGCCAUGAAGAAGGCCAACAAAUAUGUGAACCUGUUUGUUAGCACAGGAAUGACACACAGUUUUUAUCUGAACAAGAUUGCUGUGGAUAUUGACCCCAAUACUAGUGCACAAACUCGUGCUCUCAUUGCUAGGAUCAAAGAGUUUAUUGAUAAGCACUGAAUUGAAUAUGUUAAAACUGCUCAUCAAGAAGAGUUUGAUU